AUUACAAGCCAUAACACUUUGUUUGGUUAAAUUUGUGAUCUAGAUCAAAAUGACCAAUUCCGAGAGCCUCCACAUUUUCAUAUUCCCAUUCUUAGCCCCGGGCCAUCAAAUCCCUAUGUUGGACAUGGCUAAACUCUUAGCCGCCCGACCCAACAUCAAGGUCAGCAUGGUCACCACAACCAAAAACCUCACCCGUUUCCGUUCCGAUAUUUCCGGUGGUGCCCGAGGCCUUAACAUCGAUCUCCACGUCCUCGAUUUCCCCUCCGAGGCUGCCGGCCUUCCAGUCGGGACCUCCGACAACUUUGACUCCGUUGACCGCGACAUUUGUGGAAACUUCCUCGACGCGGUCAUGCUCCUCGAGGCUCAAGCCGAUGACCUCGUCAGAGUCCAUAGACCGGACGCGAUCAUCUCCGACUUGUACCUCCCGUGGACCGAUAACAUUGCCCGUAAGUAUGGGAUUCCACGAGUCGGGUUCAACGUGUCUUCUUGCUUCGCCUUGGCGGUUACUAACGGCGUGCUCAACUUGUUGUAUGGAACCGGCAAGUUAGUGGAGCCCACGACCGAACGGUUCCUUGUCCCGGGGUUGCCGGAUGAGGUGUUCGUGACCAUGGCGCAGCAACCGAGCCGGUUCUUCAAGAAUCUAGACGCCAUGGAGUUCUUCAUGAAGGUGGCCGAGGCUGAAAGGAACACUAAUGGUAUAAUCUUCAACACUUUUGAUGAGCUCGAGCCAUUGUAUCUAGACCAUUACAAACGUACCUCGGGAAAGAAGGCAUGGGCACUUGGACCAUACAUGCUCUACAACACGGAACACACUGACAUGACCAACCGAGGGCAAGUUUCCAACAUCGAUAAGAACGAAUGCUUAACAUGGUUGGACUCGCAAAAGCCCAACUCGGUCAUCUACGUUGCCUUCGGAAGCCUAUGCCUUUUCAACGAAGCGCAACUCCUCGAAAUCGCGUUGGGGCUAGAGGAGUCCAACCAUCCCUUUAUUUGGGCUAUUAGGAACAACAACAAAGUUGGGCCUGAAAUAUUGGCACUCGAAGAGAGGGUAAGAGGUCGUGGCCUUAUAAUCAAGGGAUGGGCGCCCCAAGCCCUGAUCCUCGACCAUUCAUCCGUCGGGGGUUUCUUAACUCAUUGCGGAUGGAACUCGGCUUUGGAAUCGCUUUGCUUCGGUAAACCUUUGAUUACAUGGCCACUCUUUGGGGAUCAAUUUUACAACGAGAUAUUGUUCGUUGAACGUCUCAAGAUGGCGUUUGGAAUUGGAAUUGACACGGGAAUGGUGUGGGGAGAUGAGAACGAGGUCGGGGCACAAGUGAUGCGAGACCAAGUUGCAUCUGCGGUGAAUAGGUUGAUGAGUCGUGGGGACUUAGCGGAGGAGAUUCGUGAGCGGGCAAAGGAACUCUCAAAGUUGGGAAAGAAGGCGGUUACAAAAGGAGGUUCGUCUUGGGAUGGCAUAGAUGAUUUGAUUGGAGAGUUUAUGGAUCACAAGAAAAAAAGACAAGAAAAUGACCAACUUUAAUUUUAAUAUGGUAAUGCAAUUAAAGUAAUGUAAUGUUUUAUAGUUAAUUUUGAUUGUUUGUUGGGUGUAUUCUAUGAAUAUGUCUUGUUUUUUAUAUAAAAUAUUUUAAAAC